GUCGGGACCAGAGCUCCCCAGGCUGCAGGGACCCAGGGCACCGAGAGCCCCAGAGCUGCAGGGAGACCCCACGCACCGAGAGCCCUCCCAGCUCUGCCCAGGAGCUGCCACUGGCCUGGCCCCAAAUGCCUCCUGCUGCAGGAUGGCAGCACCACUGCUCCCAGCAUGGUCCCAAUCCUUCUUGGUGGGGAUCCUGCUCAGCCUCCUUCCUCCUGCUUCAAGCCUUGCGCCAGUGACGGAUGAAGACGCCGCCCUCCUGCCCGAGGUGCCCAAGAGCAUCCGCUGCUUCUCCCGCUCCUUCGAGGACUUCACCUGCUUCUGGGAUGAGCGUGGGAAUGCCACCUUCCGCUUCUACUACCACUACAGCACGGAAGGAGCCCGGGAGUGUAUGCUGGUCACGCAGCAGCUGCAGGACGGGGGUUGGCGCCACAUCUGCGUCUUCCCCAGCCAGGACGUGCGGCUCUUCACCGAGCUCUGCCUCCGUGUCGUGGACAUGGCCAACAACUGCACUGUGCGCACCCGCAAGCUCAACGUGGAAGACAUGGGGCUCAUCUCCCUGCCAGCGAACAUCACAGCCGUUGGGGCCGGGGCUGCGGGGCAGCUGUGGGUGCACUGGGAGCCCCCCAUACCCGAGUACUCCUCCUUCUUCAUCUACAAGGUCCAAAUCUGCACCACGGGCUCCAGGGAGCCAGGCUGCCAGGAGGUGUUGGUGAGCAGCACAGCCUGCGUCCUCGCGCUGCGCCCUGGGCAGACCUACCGCAUCCAGGUGUGCACCAAACCAGAUGGAUCCUCCCUGAAUGGGACCUGGGGCCCCUGGUCGCCUGCAGUGCUCGCCGAGACGCCCCACUCUGCAGAGGAGUUCGGGCUGCGCUGCUCCACACCCGACCUGCAACGCGUGCACUGCGAGUGGACCCCAGCGCCCACUGAUGCCAAUGGCUCCCACACACUCUUCUACCAGCCCCAUGAGAGCCCAGGCCCCCCCAGGGCUGAGGCCUGGCAGCGUUGCCAGGGGGAGGCAGGCACCGGGCCCCAGGGUGCCCAUGCCUGCACCUUCUGGCUGGGGAAUGCCAGUGCCACGACCAUGAUGGUGAAGGUCACACGGGAUGCCCAGCCGGCGCGCAGCUACUUUGGAGAACCCUUCCACCUGGACCGGGCCGUGCUGACGGCCCCGCCGAGGAUCCUGCAGGCCAAUGUCAGCGCUGGGAGGCUGUGGCUGCAGUGGGCAGUGCCGCUGGCUGAGCUGGCCCAGCACAUGGUGUACCAGGUCCGCUACGCCACCGACAGCAGCCAGGACUGGAAGGUCCUGCAGAUCCAGCACGCGGCAGACAGCGAGGUCCUAGACUUGCGGGCUGGGUCCCGCUACCGCUUGCAGGUGCGUGCCCAGCCCAACGGGCAGCAGUUCGGGGGCUACUGGAGCGCCUGGUCGGAGGCUGUGGUGGUCCAGGCCCCGUCGGAAGCAGGCUGGGUCGUCCCAAGCCUUGCUGCGGUGCCGCUCUUCUUCACGGGGCUCCUGCUGGCGCUGCGGUGCACCUUCCCCUCCGCGUACAGCAGCGUGAAGCAGAAGCUCUGGCCACCAGUCCCGGAUCUGUACCGCGUCCUGGGCGGCUUCCUGAGCGACAGCAGCAAGCAGCUCCAGGCCAACGCGCUGUUCUACAAGCCCCCAGAGGAGCUGGUCCUGUCCUGCCUGCUAGAGAUCAUGUCGGAGGGGAGCGGGGCUGAGCUCCCUGUGGAGCCCGCCCCCCUGAAGGUGCCAGGCCUGGGGGUGCGUGUGAGCCCUGCAGAGGAGGAGGAGGAGGAGGCGGCAGAGGCCGGGAGCCUGGGCUCCCUGCAGCAGGACUACAUGGUGCUGCGCCCUGGCAGCCCCAUUGGCAGCCACUACGGCAAUGAGUACUUGGACGGUGCAGGCGACACCGCCCCCCUGGGCAGCUUUGCCCUGCUCCUGCCUGUUUCGGGGCUCCCGCAGGUUGGGGCCGCUGCCCAGCACCCGCCACACAAGCGACUCGGCAGCCUCCAGGCCCACGGCACUCCCCUGGACACAGAGGCUGAGGAGACCUGGGGCCUGCCCGGCUCAGGGGAGCAGCCCAUGCCUGCAACAGACAUUGCCAACCAGUCCUACCUGCUGAUGAGCAGCUGGGCGCAGCCGCGCGGCCCCUGAGCCGAGUUGAGCUGGUGCCUGCGCCCGGCUGGACAAACUGCGGCGGGGCACAGCCACUGCAGCCUGGCCCAGGGUCUGCACUGUGCACGCAGCAGGGACCCACGAGAGCAGCUCCUCUGCGCCCCGCGCUGGCCACAGCUGAUGGUCCUACUCCCCAGGGGCCAGUGCAGCAGCACCUGUCAGGGAGCCCCAGGCCCAGCCACCCCCCGGAACACGCCCAAGAGCCCCAGCCCAUGUGGGCACCCAGACACACUGUUCAUGGGGGAGCGCUGCAGGGAAGCAUGCCCAUGCCGCGUCCCUGCAAUCCCCACGAUCUCCUCAUGAUGGCCAGGAGCAGACUGGCCUGCAGGCAAGGGAGAGCCGGGCGGGCGGGGGGAUGUGCGCGCGCCCAGGGCUGUGCAGGGGCUGGGCACAGUGGUGUGGAUGGCUCCACCACAGACACCCCUCUCCCCCCACCCCGAGAAUGAAGCAAGAGCAGAAUUAGGUCCUGGCCCCCAGCCCACUGCUGUGGGAUCUCCCCAUGGUCCAGCUGGCCCUGAGGCUUCCCGCCGGGAUGGAGGGCAAUAGGAACAUACCUCAGUGCAUCCCUGGGCCCCGCCACUUGCCUGUGCCAAGCUCUGCCCCCACCCCCACCUGUGCCUGCCUCGCUGCGGAGCGCUGCCUGCAGCGCGUGGCACAUCACCAAUAAACACUCGUGCACA